GCAGUUGAAAGUGCUAUUACCCCGCGAGGGCCCCACUUCACACAGGUACGGCAGCUCCAUGGACGCUCGAAACCAAAGCAGACUUUUAGGAUUCAUCCUCCUCGGGUUCUCUGGGGACGCAGAACUGCAGCCCCUCCUAUUUGGGCUGUUCCUGGCUAUGUACCUGGUCACUGUGCUUGGGAACCUGCUCAUCAUCCUGGCCAUCAGCUCCGACCCCCACCUGCACACCCCCAUGUACUUCUUCCUGUCCAACCUGUCCUUUGUGGACAUCUGCUUUAGCACCACCAUAGUCCCCCAGAUGCUGGCGAGCAUCCACGCGGAGAACAAAGCCAUCUCCCGCAGGGGCUGCCUCACGCAGGUCUAUUUUUCCAUGUUUUUCCCUGUCCUGGACACGCUGCUCCUGACCAUCAUGGCCUAUGACCGGUUCAUGGCCAUCUGCCGCCCCCUGCACUACAUGGUCAUCAUGAACCCCCGCGUCUGUGGCCUCCUGGUCUUUGUUACCUGGCUCGUGGGCAUCAUGACCUCCUUCCUUCACCUCUCUCUGAUGAUGCCCCUGGACUUCUGUGGCGCCCUCGAAGUGCCUCAUUUCUUCUGUGAGCUGACGCACAUCCUCAGGCUCGCCUGCGCAGACACCGGCCUGAACGACGCGCUGAUUUACUUUAUGACGGCUCUGCUGGGUGUCCUGCCCCUCGUCGUGAUCCUCUUUUCCUACUCGAGAAUCGCGUCCUCAUUAAGGAAGAUCACCUCGUCUGCAGGGAAGCAAAAGGCACUUUCUACCUGUGGGUCUCACCUGUCGGUGGUCUCCUUAUUCUACGGGACAGGGGUUGGGGUGCACUUCACUUCCGCCGUCUCUCACUCCCCCGGGAGCAUCUCGGUGGCCUCCGUGAUGUACGCGGUGGUCACCCCCAUGCUGAACCCCUUCAUCUACAGCCUGAGGAACAAGGAUGUGAAGGGGGCCCUGGGGAGGCUCCGCAGCAGAGCAGCCUCCUGUCUGUGACGGAGCCGCGCGCCCCGGACGAAACGAGGGUGGCUGCUCCUGGGACAUGCGUUAGCCUGAAGGUCUUACUCCCGGAACAUUCAAGCCAUUUUGUUCUCCCUGCCUCGAUCUCCGCCUUGUCUCGCUCCCACUUUUCAAUCCUUUUAAACAACGAAUAGCCCCAGGCUCUCUGUGAUGACUUUUCUGCUCUCUCUGUCGUCCAGA